AAAUAAAAUUUAAUGCUUCUUCUAGUGCAAGCAUCAUUUAUUUAGCAAAAACUAAAGCGAUAACUGAUCUUUUGACCUAUGCAACAGUCUUUUCAGGCUGCCAUUUUCAUGUCAUGCAGCGCAAAAGCUUGGAAAUUCAAACGUGUUUUAUUACAAAAAGAAGAACUCUUUCAAGCUAAAACAUUGUCAAACGUCACGUUCCUGUAGGGUCUUUUAUCUGAUAAAACUAAAACCUCAGAAGGAAAGAUAAUUUCUAAUUUUGGAAUAUGACUACGUCACAUGAAAACCAAGAAUACUAGUGCUGAGAUAAUCUGUGACAUCAUACACCUCCACAUUGGUUCUUAAUAUGUGAUUCCCUUAUCCAGUAGGAGAAAAGAGAAGUUACCCCAGUACUGGUUGGCAGUACUUUGUUAAUCUGGUUAUGCACAUGACUUGUGUGUGUCUUUGGCCAUUUUGUUAUGUGUUAGAUUUAUCCGUUAAACAACUGGCGCUGCACUCCAGAUCAAGGUCCUGUUUUGAACUGUGACUGGGAUCAUUUUGCAUUGUACUCUUGGGCAAGACACUCGUAUUCGAUUCUCUUUCACUUCACUGUCACUCUCCACCCAGGGUCUAGUAGGUUAGGGGGGAGGGAAGCCCUGUGAUGGACUUGCAUCCCAUCCAGGGCAGAGUAGAAAACUCCUACUUGUAGUCAAGUAAUGCUACAGUAACCAAGGAAAUCUGUAAAACGAUGUGUUGAGUUUGGAUAAUUUAGGCUUAAUUCUCCUUCAAUGCUAUGUUUAUUAUAUCCAGUGUUAUGCCAGCUGGGCAGGUUAAAUAUUACCCUGUUGAGUUGAGAUCUGUCUUGCUUAUGUUUAGUCAUGGGGAAAGCUGAGGGUAGUGUUCAACAGGAAGAAUGGCACGGUCAUGUGACAGCAGUGACAGUAGCCCCUGAGUACAGAAGGCUUGGACUUGCUGCAAAGCUAAUGUCUAACUUAGAGGAGAUCUCAGAAAAGAAAGAUGCCUUUUUUGUUGACUUGUUUGUGCGCAUGAGUAAUAAUGUUGCCGUUGACAUGUACAAGCAGCUUGGUUACGUUAUUUAUCGACGAGUACUUGAGUACUAUUCCGGGGACCCUGAUGAGGAUGCAUAUGACAUGCGGAAGGCGCUAUCACGAGACAAAGAAAGGAAGUCAGUAAUUCCACUAAAAGACCCAGUCAGACCUGAAGAUAUUGAAUAAGAUUAUGGACCAACUGUUUGUGGGCAGGACACAGGAACAACACAAAACUAAACCAAAAUGAUAACCCAAAAGUGAUCAGAAUAGAAUUUCUCUGUUGUUCAUGUCAGUGUGGCAACCAAUUCGCCUUGGCGAGUUUUCUCCAGUGUUGGCAGAGGUGCAAACAUGUUCUGAGAUUCUCUGUUCUGUGAGAUGCUUAAUAAUCUCUGUGAAUAUUUUGAACUUUGUCAAAUUUAUGAAUUGUGAACUUGCAAGACUUAAAUCAACAUGAAACAAGAUUGGCUUCCAUGUAGGUAACGUGCAACGAAUCACGAUUUUUAGGUAAAUCGGUAGAUUCGCAGGAUUUUAGUAACUGAGAAAAUUCAACAAGUAUGUGGCGUUGUUGCUUGGUUUUUGCUUUGCCACCUGCAUAAGGAAGCCACUUUUAACUUCCUCUACUUCAUAUUAAAACCGGAAUGCAUGCUAGUUAGUUGCCCUAACUCAUUCGAUUUGUCGUUGCCCUGUCAGCCGACAGUUGGUCCAUAAUGAACGCCUGUACAUUAGUUUAUAAAGUAUGAUCCUUUUACCAAUAAACUUCCUAUCAGUCAUACAA